CCGCACACUCGUCUUGUACGCCGUACCGGAACGAUAUCACUUGAUAGUUGUUAUUGACCACCGAACCGACCGUCUCCGCCGCCAUGUUGUCGUUCAACGAGAAGUUGGUCCUGUUGCUGGUGUUCACGUCGGCCGCCAUGGUGUCGUGCCAGGUGCCCGGAUUCGGCGGAUGUCCCGACUUCGACUCGCAGCCCGACUUCGACAUGAACAGAGUAAGCAUUCGGUUCGUCGACGCGGCGAUGCGCCAAGUGUGCCGCGGCCGUACGCAACGAGGCAAUAGACAAUAAGACAGGCCGUGUUCGUAGUUUGUCGGUUUUUUCUCCGAGAGGGUCGGGUACAGUCAUUUUCGAAGCGAGGCGUUUUAUCUAUACGAAUGAUAAAUCGCCUCGGUUUUCCGCCCCUCCGGGAACGUCGCUUCAUUUACAAUUGUUACGGGAAUGACCUAUCCAUUUCUUUAUUAUCUACGGCCGGGGCCCGCGAGCUUAAAAUUGAAUUUACCCGUUUCGGGCCGACCCGCGGAACAUGAAAAAUCGUCAUCGAAUAACCAAUAAUAAAUCAAACCGACCGGCAACCGCUAACCGUGAUAUUACCCGCCAACGUCUCGGGGUCUAUCGUAUGAUAAUGAUAAUAUCAAGUUGUUUUUUUUUUUUUUUGAAAGUUUCAGCGAUAUUAUAAUUUGUUGUAAACAUUUUUUCAAAACAAUUUCUUUUUUACGGUCGCCUAUCUAUACGUUGAUACAUAUGUAAUAAUGUUUUCGUGAAACAUAUUUCUGAUGAAUCGAUAUUUCGCAUUCGUCGCGUUCUUUUUUAUGGGAGAGGGAUACAGGCAAUAACGCAAUAACGGCUCAUUUUUUUUUUUUUUCACGGCACACGCAGCAAAAAGAAUCCCGCGCACGCCCGCAUGUUCGAUUUACUGCACCGGCGUCCGAGCGUGUAGUUUCUCGCGUUUCAACGAUAUACCGCCUGUAAAUUCCGUUUUCGGGCCCCCGGAAACGUCUCUCUAGAACAAUGUAAUAUUAACAAUAAUAUUAUUGCACAGGCGUAGUCGGCUACCAGAGCGCGUCUCGGCCGCGAAAGAGAUUUUAAUUGAAUAUAUAUUAUAAACGCCCGGGUCCAUUGUCGGCGUCGCCGCCGUAAUAAAAUUAUUGUUAUUGCUACUUGCAGUUUUCGGUCUGCGGGUGUUCCCGUUCAAUACGCGAGGUCCCGCGGGGGUUUUUAUUUUUGUUUUUUUAUUUUCCAAUCGUUUCUCUUGGCGCAUAUUAUAUUAUUGUUAUUAACGUAUUGUCGUUUGUCGCCGGACCGUUAAGUAUUAUCGAUCGUUUUUUUUCCGAGCCCGCGGUCAUCGGUCGGAUAUCGAACCUUCAACGUUUUGGCGGAAACAGAAAGUCAACGAUCCGAACGCGGAAACGACCGACGCACCCGAAUCCUGUAAACGUUUCCCCGUACCCGCCGUAUGAUCGAUCCCUUAAUACUAACACUGCGUAUUGUUGGUUUUUAUUUUAGGCACUGUUUUGCCGACACGUUAAACAAUAACCCAUACGAAAUUUCCGCGUAAAACUGCGCGAUCGCAAUGGGGGUGGGGGUGGGGGGUUUCAAACAACAUUUGUCAACGCGAAAAAUAUUAAUAACGAGUUUUACCGGUAUUGCGUUCAAAUCGUUACGCCCGAAACAAUAUUUCGCGCCAUUCGGAGUGUCGAGUAUCGACGGCGGCCUGCACACAUCAACGGCAAUACCGUUAGAACAACAUUAUUAUUUUACCCGAGAAUUUCGUAAAGCGUAAAUACUACUGCUACCUUAAACCGAACCGCGCAGCGCAACAAUACAAUACGCUAACUAAUACCGCCGGAUCAAACGCGAAUAUAGUAAUCACCGUGUGCGGUAUCUGUGUUGCAGUAUUUGGGAACGUGGUACGAAGCCGAACACUACGUGAACAUUUUCGAAAUCGGAACUCGUUGCGUGAAAACAAACUACACGAAAGCUGUCGACGGCAGAUUCCUGGUUUCCAACGAAAUCAUGAACAGAUUGUACGUGAACCAUUGAAUAGUUAUAUCCAUACGCACUGUAUAUUAUACUAUUGUGAAUCCGAAAUCCGUUGGAUAUUUACCGUUUCAUAUAAUAAUUCCGUAUAAAUCAUGUGUAUGUUAUAGCACCGGAGUGAAACGCGUUUUGGACGGUGAAAUCAGACUGAUCGUCAAAGGAGCCGAAUCCAAAAUGAACGUCAAGUACUCGACACUGCCCGGUAAUUUAUAUGUUUUAUAUUUACUCCGUGUAUUUGUAUACGGUUUAUAAGCAUGUAAGUAUAUAGUUUAAUACAUAUGCGUGUAUUGAAAAUUCGUAUACCCCCCUCGUUCAUAGCAAUUCAAUUAUUUUUCGGCGAUUUAUCGGCCAACGGUUAAAACAAAUAUUAUAGUAAACUGAAAUAUAAAAAAAAAAAAAAAAAAAAUGUCCGCUAAAGCCAACGAGAUCACAUUGAAAACAUAAAAAUUACGUUUUAUUUUCUCGACCGUCUGUAGCGUAGAAUACAUUCAUAUCUUCUAACUUUGAGAAGUCUGCGAAAUUCUCCUUAACGCAAUUUUCCCGGCGAAUUCGUUGUUUUCAAACAGCGGUAUUUCGCCUAUUGGGAUUUCAAGUACCGUUUUUGUGAUUUUUGGUGUUGUUUCAUCCGUGCAUGAAGCAGUGCAGUGCACUCUACCUGUUUUCUCUUUAUCUCGCGCCCAAUAAUAUCUAUUAAGCAUACAGUUCCUCGUCUAAUUCCACGUUAUGUCUAUAUUAUAACAAGAUUCGUGUGUUUUUCAGUGCCGUACACCACCGAACAAAUGAUUUUGGAAACCGACUACGAUUCGUUCGCCGUCGUAUGGUCGUGCUCGUCUUUGGGAGUCGCCAACACCCGUGAGUAUAAACAGAGUACACUUGCCGCAGUCGUUGUUAAUUUUAUCAAAAAUGCUUAAUAAAUGUAUUUCUUGUUUUGCGCAGAGAACGCAUGGAUUUUGACCCGUGAAAAGUUGGCUCCGGGCACAGUCAUGCAAAAGGCCUACGGAGUGUUGGACAAAUACAAGUUGAGCAAAACUUUCUUCGUCAAGACCGACCAGAACAGCUGUGCCAUCGCCGAAGCUGCACCCAACGAGACCAGCGAGAACAACACGUGGAGGAGGAGAAGAAGCUUAGGAGCUUGAAAACCCAUCGCAGUCCAUUGUCAAAACGGACAAACUCCCAUAUAAUUUAUCGAUAUUAAGAAUUAUUAUUUAUUAUUUAUUCAUAAUUUAUUCUAUUACACGAGAAAACAAAUAUAAUAUAACGUAAUUUAUUUUUA